UAUUGGUUUACGGUUUUCCUUUUUCGCAUAAAAAAAAGACACGAGCUUAUCAUUUUAUAAAAUUUUAUAGGAAACCAUAUUGGUUUCCAAAUGCGGUUUUUUUUAUAUUACCUCAGAAGACAUGAAAAACAAAACGUUCACUCGUCUUAAGAACAGUAACGUAGCAACAAGUAAAAAAAAAUGGAUCGUCAAGUAUUUCGGAAAAAACUGUAUAUGUGCACAAAUUGUAGAAGAAUUUCGAAAAUAACGGUCGAAAAGGGUAUGGUGCAUGAGACACCACCCUUCUAUAGAUUCUGCCCCGUCUGUUCUGCUUUUACAGUGUUUAAUAUAAUUAUGAAACAUGUGGUAAUGGUAAAUGUUAGAGACGGAAGAGUGUAGAGACGGAUGAGUAUAUAGUUUCCCAUAUUUAUGUAAGUAAAAUACUACUACCUACACCUAUGCUUUAGUAAUACCCCCUCUUUUUUCAGAUAUAUUACAAGAAAAUAUAAAUUUAAAUCAUCAUUCAAUAUUUGCUUAGUUAUCGCUUUGCUUAAGUUAUAGUAUCAAUAAAAAGAAAAUGGAACCAGAAGUAGCUAGAACAAAAUUGUAUAUUUGCAGUGGUUGUAAAAAACUUAACAAAAUCAUUAUGGAGAAAGGAUGGCUGUAUAAGCCAAAUAGGUUCCUAAAAUUUUGUCCAUUUUGUGCUGAUUACAGAAUAUUUAGAAUUAGAAUGCAUCAAUUAAAUUGAACAAGAUAAUUUCCUAUAUUUAUAUAUAUUACAAGAAAAUAUAAAUUUAAAUCAUCAUUCAAUAUUUGCUUAGUUACCGUUUUGCUUCAUCAAGUAACAGUUGAUUUUUUUUAUUUUUUUCUGUGUUUUAAACAAUAAAAGAAAAAAUGGAAAGGUUAAACAGUGUCAGUAGAUGUGAAUACAAACCAAAAAUAUCUGUGGAAACGCUAAAGGUCAAUGAAAAAUAUAAGGUUUUAAAUUUAAAAAAAAUGCGUGGUGCCUAUGGCGAUACAGUAUUGGUUGAAGUGGAAGAAGGGGUAUUUUUCUUACCAAAAAGAAUAGCAACUUCAAUGACGAAACCAGUCGUUGAUGAGCUUUUGGGUGGCACUGGCUGCUACAUAAAAUAUUUAGGAAAGAAGACGAUCGGUGGUCUAGCCAACCCUGUGAAUAUAUUUGAAUUCGAACAGUAGACUUCACAAAUUAGUAAAUAUGGAAGACAUCUUACGGACUACAGGAAAACUAUUUAAACUUGUUAAAACACAAAAUGAAGUGGACAGAUUUUUAAAAUUAAACAAAAAAAAUAUCAAAUUGGUUCUAAGAAAACUGAAGGUGGAUGAUAAUUUAACAUUUGGGGAAAAGUUGCAAAUAGAAAAUGCACUGGCUUUACUAAAAUCGUACAAUAUUCAAAUUCAAAGGAAAAUUAUACAUGGCAGUGGAGUUCGAAGUACAUCUUCAUCCUCGAAGAGAAUUUUAUGGAAACAAAUUAGUUCAGCUUUUCAAUCAAGAAUAAUAACAGCAUCAAUAGUUAAUAUAUCUCACACUGACACUAAAUUAUUUUUAAACGAAUGUUCAAAAUUAUUAAAAAUUAGAUUUAAAAAUAUACUUAGAAAAUUGCAGUCUUUUAAAGUAAAUUUAAAACUUUGUUGCCUAUUUGAAUUGCCCUCUACGGGGGAAGAAGAAAUCAAACAAUUUGGAACUGUCAACAAAGAAGUGUUAUCUUCAAGUAAUGUGUCGAGAAUACUACAAGAACUUCAAGCUAUACUAUUGACUAAGCUGGAAGAAUUUGAACAUCGUGGGUCUGGAUGGAGAUAUCUAGGUAUUUCACAUUUAAUAGUAUCGAUUAACAAGUAUUCACCAAUCAAUGGAGCCACCUACGUUUCCCUUCCAAGCUGGUUAAGCGGCAAAGGCAUUGUUAAUAUAAAAAAUAACGAUUCAAGGUGUUUUGCUUGGUGUAUACUAGCUCAUUUAUUUCCUGUUCAAAAUGAUUGUGAAAAUGUAAAUUCUUAUCCUCAAAACAUACACGACUUUUUAAAUUUUAAAAAUAUCGAAUUUCCUGUAGCCCUAACUUCUAUAUCUAAGUUUGAAAAACAGAAUCCGAAUAUAUCAAUAAACGUAUUUGGCAUUGACAAUAAAUCAAAAUGUAUUAUAGGUCCUUACUAUCACACAAAAAUAGUUAAAGAAAAGCAUAUUAAUUUAUUAUAUCUCAUUUCAAAAUACCAAAAAAAUGGACAUUAUUGCUUAAUUACGGAUUUAUCGAAAUUAGUAAAAGAACACGUAACCAAAUCUAAAAGUUCCUUUUUUGUUUGUGAGCUCUGUCUUAAUCAUUUUUCAAGCGAAAAGAAAUACCAAACUCAUCGUGAAAAUUGUUUAUUAUUUUCACCUGUUAAAGUAACAACACCUAGUGAAUCGGAUUCUGUUUAA